AUGUUCGUACAAUUUUCACUGACUGGUUAUCUGAGAAUGGAGCUAAAGAGCAUUAAAGAUGCGUUUGAUCGUGUUGCAAACAAGCAGAAACUCUCGUAUAGCAAAACACAUGAGAUUGUUCAGAUGCUGACUCAAGAGAUCGAGAAGGCGUUGAGCGUAAUACAGGAGGAGGCACCUCCGUAUCUUGACCACAGAUCCAUCGUCGCUGACGUGAAGAAAAUGUUCAUGGAGGUUGCUCCAGUCAAUCAACUUGAAGCCGCUGAGAAAGAACUAAACGUGGCUCUGACCAAGUACCCGAAAGUCCUGGAGAAACAGCUGAAUCCGGACAUAUCAAAGGCUUACAGAAACAAUGUCGAGUUCGAUACGCACGUGGUGAACCAGAUAAUCGCAAACUUCUUCUACCGUCAAGGGAUGUUCGAGAUCGGUGACUGUUUCGUUGCCGAAACUGGUGAAUCUGAAUGUUCCACAAGACAACCUUUCAUGGAAAUGUAUCGGAUACUAGAAGCCAUGAAGGAGCGAAAUCUCGAGCCGGCUCUUAGCUGGGCAGCCGCAAACUCAGAGAAACUGAAGCAAGCAAGGUCUGAUCUCGAGUUGAGGCUUCGCAGCUUACACUUCCUGGAAAUAGCUCAGGGCAAAAACUCCGAAGAAGCCAUCAUUUACGCGAGAAAACACAUCUCCGUGUUUGCAGAUAGCCUUCAAGAAACGCAGAAGCUCGUGUGUUCUCUCUUGUGGAGCGGAAAACUCGACACAUCACCUUACUCCGAGUUUCUCUCCCCGGCUCUAUGGGACAAUGCAGUCAAAGAGCUAACCCGACAAUACUGCAACCUACUCGGUGAAUCAUCUGAGAGCCCGUUGAGUAUAACGAUGACGGCCGGUACACAGACUUUGCCGGUACUGUUGAAAUACAUGAACGUGAUGGCGAAUAAGAAGCUUGAUUGGCAGAGUAUGGAUCAACUUCCUGUCGCCGUGGAGCUAUCCGAGGAGUUUCAGUUCCAUUCGGUGUUCGUCUGUCCCGUCUCUAAGGAACAGUCGAGUGAUGAUAACCCUCCGAUGAUGAUGUCAUGUGGACACGUGCUUUGCAAGCAGACCAUCAACAAAAUGUCGAAGAAUGGCUCCAAGUCGUCUUUCAAGUGUCCUUAUUGCCCCACCGAUGUAGACAUCUCAAGGUGUAGGCAGUUGCACUUUUGAAAACGGAGCAUCGUACUACUGGAAUAUUGGAACUAAGUUCUGGCCGGUGAAUCUGUUUCAGAAUGUAAACUGUGUUUUGUUUUGAUGAAGGUUUUAAAAAUGGGGUUUUUUUUUAUUGUUUGUACAAAAGAAUUAUCAGGGAAGUUUUAGAUAAUCGGAUAUCCCGUAAGAACGUGUUUGUGUUGCCACUACUUGUUUGUUCAUCUUUCUGAAUAUAGAAAUUCUUUACAUUUCCAAGGCUACUUUACAUCCCGUAAUAAUAAUUUCUUUUGUUGUUGUUUAA